AUAUGAAGGCCCAAAAUUGUGUGUUCCUUUCUGCUCUGACAAUGGCAUGCCCAUUCGUGCGAGAUGUGGUGGAUGAAGAAGCACUUGUGCUGAGGAGAGCCUUCAGGCGAGAAAGGGUCUUCAGGGACCGGUUGGACCCACUGGCCUUCCCUGAUGACCAUCUAUAUGAAAGAUACAGGUUUUCUGCAGAUGGCAUCAGGUAUCUAUGCAGACUACUGGGUCCCAGGAUUAAGCACCGCACUGCACGGAGCCAUGCACUGAGUGUGGAGCAAAUGGUUUGUGUGGCCUUGCGCUUUUUUUUUUGCUAGUGGAGCCUUCCUGUACUCAGUGGGGGAUGCAGAACAGCUGAACAAGGCCACAAUUUGCCGCACAAUAAGGAGUGUGUGUCUGGCUAUCAAAGCAUUAGCAGAUGUCUUCAUCUCCUUCCCUGGCCACAGAAGACUCUGUGACAUCAAAGAGGAGUUCUAUAGGAUUGCAGAUGGUCUGCAAUGCUGACUGUGUGAUCAGCAAUGUUGUGGCAAAAUGGCCUGGCUCAGUCCAUGACUCCAGAAUCUUUCGGGCCUCUGAAAUCUAUCAGUGCCUAUCACAAGGUGAAUUCUCUGGUGUGUUGCUGGGAGACAGGGGGUAUGGCUGCCAGCCUUUUCUCCUGACACCUUUCACAGACCCCCAGGAAGCACAGCAGGCCUACAACCAUGCCCAUGCCAGGGCCAGAGUUGAAAUGACCUUUGGCCUCCUGAAGGCACGCUUUCACUGCCUUCACAAAUUAAGGGUCAGCCCUGUUAGGGCAUGUGAUAUUACUGUGGCUUGUGCUGUCCUCCACAAUGUGGCCUGCCUGAGGAAGGAGAGGGCCCCCAGAGUGCCACCAGCCAUGGACUGGGACAAUCCGGCAAUCUUCCCUGAUGACGACAGUGGUCGGCUGCUGAGGGACCAAUAUGUGUUGAAUUAUUUUAGUUAGUACGUGUGCUUUCAAUUUUGGUUAAAUAUGUCCU